UCACUGUGGAACAUGGUGUUUUAUUCCAAGUGGAAUUCCCCGAGGAGGAGGAACAGACCUUGCCUUGGGGAUGUUUCGUACUCUCCUGCAUGGUACGUCACUGGCUGCUCCUGCAGUUUCCAGGUAGAUGACAGUGGCUGAUACCCCUAAUCAUCACAGGAUAACCUGCUCUUAGGGUUCUCCACAUUGUUCUGGUGCAGCAAAGAGCACAGAGCCUGGGGAAUCGGGGAAAAUGAGCUCUUAAGGGGAAAAGUUGCAAAAAAAGACCUUUGUAACAUUGAUCUGACUCAACCAAAGUGUGUGCUGCUGUUUCUUGCUGAGUUCUUGCAGUGUGUUUCUGCUGCCUUUGCUUUGUGUGUGCCUGAGUCUGGCAGUGAGUCCCAUGCCCUGGACAUUCUCUGGAGCCUUUUGAGGAGUAAAUGCUGCUGCUGUGUGGUGGAUCUCUACUCUGAGCCCUCUUUCUGCCAUGAACAUCAUUCCUUUGCCUUUCCCUCUCUCUUCCAGGUCCAGUCUCUAUUCAAGUAGGGAGCAGAAUUAGGGGCUGGGGCUAUUCAAUGUCAAGUGUGUUUGUACUUGCCCAACGAAGGUUUUAUCUGUGCUGAAGAACUCCACUCGUUGGAAACUUGCUUCCCCUGGAAACCAUUUCAAUUCUGUCCUCAAAAAUGGCCUAAAAUGCUUGUCCUGCAGCUUGUCCCUCUGGUCCUUAAAUCCCUGUUAAUGCUUCCCCUGUGCUUGCAUUUUGUCCUCCCAUGGUUCUGCUGAGGCCAGACUUUCCUUUUGUUUUCUUUCCCUUCUGCCUCCCGCUAACGAGACGUUUUUAUGAUUCUUCAGCAUUCUGGGUGCUUUUGUGAAGUGCAGGUUAAAAGUACAAGGUGUUAGUGCAGCAAAUGCUGCCGUGCUGUCUGCCUGCAAAUGCCUGAGGGGAGCAAACUGGGACAGCUCCCAGCACGUCCUUCCUGCCCUGUCCCGCUAAGCCCUGCCCGGGCUCUUGCCCCUCACUGCCGUGUUUGUUCCCAGUGUUUGCCAGGACUAUGCCAUUGGGAAAGAGGGUGGCUGGGAGGGUGAACGUGGAGGCUGGGCUGGAUUUCUGCCCUUCCCCGGGCAGUGGAGUGUUCGGCUGCACUUUGAUCCCUAGAGAGAGGCUUGGCAGAGGCGGCUGGUGCUCUGCCCGAGUUGGGAACAGGCUCCACAGCACCCCUCGCUGCGUUCCCUAUGGGCCAGAGGGUGGGAGAGUGGGUCAGGAUGAGGCCCGUGCUCUGGGCUGCCUGCAGCCAGCUGCUGCCCCAGGGAGCUGGGCUCUGCGCUCCCAAGCCAGCUCUGACCACUCUGGUGACCACUCUGGUGACCACCUCACACCACAGCCUGCGGCCCCCGGCCCCUCUGGCCACCUCCAGCUCGUCACCCAGUGCGUUUGCAGCGUUCCUCCGGCCCCUGGUUCCAGGGAGCAGAGCCCCCACCCGCUGGAGCUCACGGUUCAACGUGCCCCCCAGUGCCCUGCUCGUGGCCCGGCCCGUGGGGGUCUGCUCCAUGAUGAGGCUUCCCCUGCAGGCAUCGGCGGAGGGGCUGGACGCGGCGUUUGUCGGCGUUCCGCUGGACACGGGCACGUCCAACCGGCCAGGAGCCAGGUUCGGCCCGCGUCAGAUCCGCGCCGAGUCCGCGAUGGUGAGGAGGUGCAACGGCAGCACCGGGGCAGCACCGUUCGACUCCCUGCGGGUGGCCGACAUCGGGGACGUGAACGUGAACCUCUACAACCUGCCCGACAGCUGCCGCCUCAUCCGGGAGUCCUACCAGGGGAUCGUGGCCUCCGGCUGCGUGCCCCUCACCUUGGGUGGAGAUCACACCAUAACAUACCCAAUCCUGCAGGCCCUGGCAGCAAAGCACGGUCCCGUGGCACUGGUGCACGUGGAUGCUCACACCGACACCGGAGACACGGCUCUGGGGGAGAAGAUCUACCACGGGAGCACGUUCCGGCGCUGUGUGGAGGAAGGGCUGCUGGACUGCGGCCGCGUGGUCCAGAUCGGCAUCCGAGGCUCCUCCUAUGACCCCGAUCCCAACAAGUACUGCCGGGAACAGGGUUUCCGGGUGGUCCCGGCUGAGGAGUGCUGGAUGAAGUCCCUGGAGCCACUGAUGAGGGAGGUGAGGGCACAGAUGGGGGACAAGCCAAUGUACAUCAGCUUCGAUAUCGAUGGGCUGGACCCCGCGUACGCCCCGGGCACCGGCACCCCGGAGAUAGCCGGGCUCACACCGGCGCAGGCUUUGGAGAUUAUUCGUGGCUGCAGAGGCCUGAACAUAGUGGGGUGUGACCUUGUGGAAGUUGCACCAAUGUACGACGCCUCUGGCAACACGGCCCUCCUGGGGGCAAACCUACUGUUUGAGAUGCUGUGUGUUCUCCCAGGAGUGAAGACGCUGUGAGGGCAGUUCCCACCUGCCCUGGGGCGGUGCUACUCUGUGUCCUCAGCCAGGCUUUCCAUGUACCCUUCCCUUCAGCUGGCUGCAGCCAGCAUGGGCUUUGCAGCACGAAAUAAAUGCCAUUUACCACUA